GCUUCUCUCCUCUUCCCAUUCUUCUUCCAGUCUCACAUUUUGUCAAUUGCAUCCUCGCCGUAUACUCGUCGCACGGAUGGGCUCCAAGUAUACAGGCGACUCUUCUCUCAGCGCGUCCCAGCCUCCCGCUGCCCCUCCCCGCCGCGUCAAAGGCAAGAGAACACGCACAGGGUGCCUCACUUGCCGAGCUCGCAAAGUCAAAUGCGACGAACAGCCGGGCACGUGUGCCAAUUGUGAGCGCGUGUGCCUCGCUUGCAAGUGGCCUGAGGUCCGCAACGUGCUCCAGGAGCGUUCCGCAGUCGCUGCGGCGUCGAGAACGUCGAUAACUCCCAAGGCGGAGCUAAGUCCCCAGCUUCCACCAUCCUCUGGGCCCGUCCGUCGCAAUCGACAGGCAGCGUGUAUUCCGUGCCGCACCGCUCGCGCGAGAUGCACGCAAGACCACCCCUCAUGUGCGCGAUGUAGGGAGCAGGGAAUCGCCUGCGGAUACGCGGCUCUCUCUCAAGGGCCAGGUGCGACGCCGAGUAGUGUGGACGAGUCACCCAGCGAGGCAGAUCACGAACCAUGGAGAGGCCACACCAGUCUCGUUCACGGUAUCCCGCGUCCAAUCGUUGACCGACAUGUUGAGGCGUUCUUUAUUCACGUCUACCCCGUGCAAGGGAAUGCUGUCGUGCACCGGGGCACGCUGAUGCGCGACAUUGCCGAGGGAACAUCGUCACAUAAGGUGGUUCUCGCCAUCUGCGCCGUGGCGUCGCGCUUUGUUGACGUCACGGGGACGCCAAGAGCGACGCCCCAGCUGACGCCGCUAACGGGCUCACCGGAGGCCAAUCGCUGGGCUGCCGACGCCAAAGCCGACAUCAUCAACUCGGACAUGAGCAUUGAAAACAUCACCGCCGCCCUCAUCUUAGCAAAGCACGAUAUCUACUCGGGGCGUUUCGGCCAGGCAUUCGUGUUGGCUGCUCUUGCGACCCGAAUGGCCCUAGCUCUGUCGCUCCAUCGCGAGAUGCCGGCUGAGGCAGACGUCCCUCGAGCAGAGCGUGAGACCCGGCGCCGGCUCAUGUACUCUUGCUAUUCUCUCGACCGCACCAUGUCUACAGGAGUACCGGAGUUCCUAUGUGUGCCUGCCCAUCUGCUUCAUGUCCGCCUUCCUUGCGCUGAGCAGAAUUUCAACCUCGGUAUCGAAUCCGACACACCCAUUCCCAACUUGGAAGACCCGGGUGCGGACGAUUUUGCGCCAUCACUGCUGGAUGAGGUUGGCAUGUUUGGUCAGCAUGUGCGCCUUCUGAAUAUACGAGCCAACAUCCUCCGCGUUGUCCGCAACCGGCGAGAGUCCGACCUGCCGCCGUGGGAUCCCUCGUCGCUGUUCGCAAUGGCCAAACACAAGCUGAAGGCCUGGUUUGACUCGCUUCCGCCCCAGUUCCAGUUGGAGCCGGAAACGGUUUUCACUCGGCAGUUUCAAAACGAGCUCACGCCGCUCACUAUGCUACAUGUGUGGUACAACAUCAACGUCGCCGAACUCACCCGCAUAUCAAUGCCCGGGUUCACAGAGUCGCUUCCUGCCGAGCUUCUGGCAAGUGCGCCGCAGGAGUGGGUUCAUGAGACUCGCGACCAGUGCGUCACACACGCUCGCCUAGUUGCACACACCCUUCGACACAUCGCUAGCCUGGUCGACAUGGAUACGCUCGUCUUUGGCGACCAGUCCCUCCCAAUCUGCGUGUACGAGAGCGCCCGCGUGAGACUGCAAUACGUUUUCUUGCUACCGCACGAGCGGCAGCCAGCUGAGCUCGAGGAGCUUACAUCCGAUGUGGCCGUUAUGACAACUUUUAUUGAGCGGAUGGGGAGAUAUUUCCAGAACUCCAAGUUCCUGCUUCGUGAGAUGCGCAAGAUGCUGCGUCGCCAUGGUCUAGAUCUCGGGAGUGAUCUCUCCGAGCCGUCGCAGCCGGGCAGCCCAGGCGCACAGGACCCGUGGUCGCGCCGCGUGCGCACACUGCGAGAGCAUGCGCCACGCCGGCCGCCGCCCCCGAUGCCAACUCACGCACAUUCCUUUCCACCUCUGCAGCACGCACACGUCGCCACGAGUCACAGACAUCAUCACUCGCAGGCUGGGUCGCUACCGACGCCGGCACCCACUGACGCACCGGGUAGUGAUCACCUGCAACCCGCCGCACCGGCACUUUACCCCGGCCCUGGUGCGGACAGUGGCAUCUGGAACCACAAUAGCCACAACAGUGGUCACCCUGAUGAGGUUGCGGCCCUUCUUGGUGAGCUAGGUCAGGCGCAGGCCAUGGGAGGUAUAGGUGGCAUGGUCGGCGGUGGAGGCAUGGGCAGCGGCUCGCUCAUGGACAUGUUUGCCGACUGGGUCGCGACUGGCUAUGACGCGGGCGGUAUGGGCAUGAACGGCGUCGUGUAGAUCCCUACGGCGUAGCCAUGCUUUGAACGCUAGACAUACGAUACACACACCAUCUGUACCGACACCCAUAAUGUAGCUAUGCAUUGUACUGAGGAGCC